AUGAAGUUCUUCAGUUGGAUGCAGAGCAAGCUCAAUGCAGGAGGGGGCCAAGGACAAGGGAAUAAGACCAGGCCUAAUGUUGUCGCGGGGGCGAGUUCUGUUGCUGCUGGUAAAGAGCCUGCAAGUGAUUGGCGCCGCGGUCUGCUCACCAUUGGCACGCUCGGAAACACAAAUCUAAGAAAUGGUGAUGAUGAUCAUGAUCGUGAUAAACAAGAGAUCCAAGUGUAUGAAAAUCCUGUGGCAGAAAUAUCCCAAGAAGAGCAGGGAACCUCUCCCGAUUUUUCAGAAUUCACAGCUGAAGAGGUUAACAGUUUGCAGAAAGAGCUUAAAAGGCUUUUGAAUCGAAAGCCUGCUGCUGCCGCAGCAAUACCUUCAAAAGCCGAGGAGCCUAUUGCUGAUCUGCCAUUGGAUAGAUUCCUCAACUGUCCUUCAAGCUUGGAAGUAGACCGCAAUGCUUCCAACAGAUUCAGCACCUAUUCGGAUGACAAAGACGAGGAAGAGAUUGAUCGAACCAUCAGAAUUAUACUCGGGAGAUGCAAGGAUGUUUGUGAGAAGAAGAAGAAAGCAAUUGGGAAGAAGUCAUUGGCUUUUCUUGUCAAAAAAAUGUUUGUCUGCCAAAGUGGCUUUGCGCCGACGCCGAGUUUGAGAGAUACAUUUCAAGAAUCAAGAAUGGAGAAGCUUAUGAGGACAAUGCUUACCAGGAAGAUAUACCCUCAGAAUGCUUCCAGGGCGUCAUCGACAAAGCGAUACUUAGGAGACAAUAGAAAUCAUCAACAAAGACAUACGGUCAAGGCAGAAAAAGAGGAAGAAUCGUCGCAUAAUAAUAAUAAUAAUAUUAAUAAAAACAACAAGGGGUCUAAAUGGGAUAAGACUGAUUCUGAAUAUAUCGUUCUAGAGAUAUGA